CGCGUAAUUGACAUUUUCUCCUCAGAAACUAAUCGUCUGUUCUCCACCGAUCGAGCGGGAGAAGAUGGGAAAUUCCUUUUGCUUAUUCUGUGGGUGCGUGGAGCAAGCGAGCAUAGGGGUUGUAGAGAGGUGGGGUCGGUUCGAGAGAUUGGCGCAGCCAGGUCUUCACUUCUUUAACCCCGUAGCCGGUGAGUGGCUCGCCGGAGUCCUCUCCACCAGGAUCAGCUCACUCGAUGUUCGCAUCGAGACCAAAACCAAGGACAAUGUCUUUGUGCAACUUCUUUGCUCAAUUCAGUACCGAGUAGUCAAACAAAAUGCUGAUGAUGCAUUUUACGAGUUGCAAAACCCCCAAGAGCAAAUCCAGGCUUAUGUAUUUGAUGUGGUUCGAGCUAUUGUUCCAAGAAUGACAUUGGAUGAGCUCUUUGAACAAAAGGGUGAAGUUGCAAAAGCUGUUUUGGAGGAACUUGAGAAGGUGAUGGGAGCUUAUGGGUACAGCAUAGAGCACAUUCUUAUGGUUGACAUCAUACCUGAUCCUUCUGUGCGCAAGGCAAUGAAUGAGAUAAAUGCAGCUCAGAGGCUUCAGCUUGCUAGCGUAUAUAAAGGUGAGGCAGAGAAGGUGCUCCAGGUGAAGAAAGCAGAGGCUGAAGCAGAGGCCAAGUUCUUAGGCGGAGUUGGUGUAGCAAGGCAAAGACAGGCCAUCACUGACGGAUUAAGAGAGAACAUCUUAAACUUUUCUCAUAAGGUGGAAGGCACGUCCGCUAAAGUGAUGGAUCUCAUAAUGAUCACCCAGUUCGAUACCAUAAAGGAUCUUGGCAAC